AUGGAGGAGGUGUUGGCAGUCCUGGCCAGAAUGCAGCCAGAGCUCAUCUGUCCUGUCUGCCUGGAUUACCUCAAUAAUCCUGUCACCAUCGACUGCGGGCACAACUUCUGUGACUCCUGCAUCCGCAUGUCAUGGAAGGACCUGCAGGACACAUUCCCUUGUCCAGUCUGCCGGCAGCCCCGCCAGGAGAAGCGCGUCAGGGCCAACGCCCAGCUGGGAAGGCUGGUGGACCUGGCCCGGCUCCUCCACAGCUCCAGGAGCAGCGAGACGGUGCGGGGAGAGGAGCGCAGGUGUGAGGAGCACAAGCAGGUCUGUGAGGAUGACCCAGACCUAUGGUGUCCCGUGUGCGCCCAGAGUCCUGAUCUCCAGAGAUCUGUGGAGGAGGCCACAUCUUAUCACAGACAGAGGCUCAGCAGGUACAUCAAGUCCCUGAAGAAGCGGUUGGCAAAGGUGCAGAAGCUAGAAGCCACCCAUGAUAGAAAGAUCCUACAGCUGACACAGGAGGCCAGAAUGCAUAAGAGUCAGCUGGCCUCAGAAUUUGAGCUGCUCACCCAGUUUGUGGAGCGCGAACAAGAGGCCGCUCUCCGCAGGCUGGCAGCAGAAGACAAACGCCUGCAGCAGCAACACAGUGCCAACCUGGAGGCCUACUCAGAGCAUAAGUUGGAGCUGCAAGAGCUUCUCUGGGACAUGUCCGAGAGGAGCGUGAUGUCUGAGGAGAUGGUGCUGAGGGGCCUGAGGGGCCUGCAGCAGCGCUGGGAGAGCCUGGAGCCCCCGGCCGUGCAGCCCCUACUCUUCCGCCCGGCGGCCUACAGCCUCCCUCCGCUGUGCUCGGCGCUCAGCAGCGUCAUCCGGAAAUUCCGAGAGCACAUCAGCCUGGACCCCCGCACGGCCCACCCCAGCCUGCGCGUGUCUAAAGAUAAAAAGUCCGUGACCUGGGUGAAGAAUAGUUCCAACCCCGCUGGGAACCCCGGGCCCUGGGCAGAUGCCACCGAGCUGGUGGUGCUGGGCCGCGAGGCCUUCGCCUCUGGCCGCCACUACUGGCAGGUGCAGGUGGGCGCCAAGCCCGAGUGGGCCGUGGGCGUGUGCACCGUCGCCCCUUCGGCCCAGGCCCCGCGGGCGCAGCCGGCCCCCAAGAGAUGCUGGACGCUGCAGCGGCAGGACGGCGACUACCUGGCCGUGGGCGCGGGGGUCGUGCCUCUGGCCCUCGGGGACCCGCCCGCGGCCCUCGGCGUGUACCUGGACUGGGAGCUGGGCCAGCUUUCCUUCUACAACGCCGCCGACAGGGCUCACCUGCACUCGUUCACCGAGCACUUUGCUCAGGAGCUCAAGCCGUACUUCCGCGUGGGGCCCGACUGCGCUCCUCUCUCGGUGGGUGCGGGGAGGGCUUAG